AUGCCUUCCAAUGUCAUAGCCCCCUCUACAGGCGAUGCACAAGAAGAUGCAGAGGACCGGACUUCUAGAGGCACCAGAGACAAAGAAGAGGAUCCGUAUGGAGACAUGCCACCAUUGGAGGAGGAUGAGGAAGCUGAUGCGGUCCCAGAACCACAGGUCAGACGCUCAUCCAGAACCAACAGAGGUGUCCCACCAUUACAGCUGUCCUACUUCGCAGGGUCGACGUUACCUUAAGAACCUUCUAUAUAGAAGGUAGAGAUAUAUAUAGGACGAGAUAGAGGAGAUGCCAGCUGCAGAAGCCAGUCUCUGGAGGAAGGCCGCACAGGAGGAGAUGGAUGCACUGCAUCAAAACAAGACAUGGACCCUUACUGACCAUAGCUGUCAACAUUUCCCUUUUUUUAAGGGAAAUUCCCUUAUUCCGAAUAGGAUCCCUCACAAAAAAAGGAAAAAGUUGACAGCUAUGUUACUGACCUACCUCCUGGAAAGAAGGGCAUAGGAAGUAAGUGGGUUUUUAAAAUUAAGCAAGGAUCUGAAGGGGAAAUGCAGCUCUACAAAGCCAGAUUUGUAGCACAAGGCCUUUCUCAAUGCUACGGCGAAGAUUAUGAUGACGUCUUUGUGCCAACUGUGAGUUACAACAGUGUACGAAUGCUUUUCAGCAUUGCAGCUUCUAAGCAAAUUGAAGUUAGGCACAUUGAUAUUAAAACUGCCUUUCUUCAUGGGCAAAUUUCAGAGGAAAUUUACAUGAAGCAACCCAAGGGUUUUGUUAAACCACAUGAGGUACAUUUGGUGUGCAAACUACAAAAGGGACUUUAUGGACUUAAGCAGGCUGCCAGAGCCUGGAACCAGAAGCUGCACAAAAUGCUGACGCAACUUGGGUGCAAGCAAGGCCAUGCUGACAAGUACUUGUACAAUCAAAACAACUAGAAUGCCUAUACAGUAUUAUGCAAAUCCACUUGAAAAAACAUGUGAACGUAAUAGGCUGUAUAAUAAAAAUUGUAAAAUUAUUUACUGGAAACUACUUCUCAAAUUUAGGGGACGCGGGUGGCGCUGUGGGUAAAACCUCAGCGCCUAGGGCUUGCCGAUCGCAUGGUCGGCGGUUCGAAUCCCCGCGGCGGGGUGAGCUCCCGUCUUUCGGUCCCAGCUCCUGCCCACCUAGCAGUCCGAAAGCACCCCUAAGUGCAAGUAGAUAAAUAGGUACCGCUUUAUAGCAGGAAGGUAAACGGCGUUUCCGUGUGCUGUGCUGUGCUGGUGCUGGCUCGCCAGAGCAGCUUCGUCACGCUGGCCACGUGACUCGGAAGUGUCUCUGGAUAGCGCUGGCCCCUGGCCUCUUAAGUGAGAUGGGUGCACAACCCUAGAGUCGGACACGACUGGCCCGUACGGGCAGGGGUACCUUUACCUUUACCUUACUUCUCAAAAUUAGAUACAGCUUCUCAUAAUGCCAAAAUGAUUUAACAUUUUUUGUUCUUUGGGCUUACCAGGGACCUCUAGAUCAAGCGAGGAGGGUUUUACAACAAAAAGAAAGUAGGUUCAUUUUUUCUACUUAAUACACUUCGUCCUCCAGGUUUAAACACUGGAUUAUAUUAUAGCUGCUUUCUUAAGUUAAAAAUUGGACAAACCUUUAAUGAACAUAUAGUAUACCUGUUGUAACAAUUUUCUGUCUAUAGUACAUUACUGAGCAAUGUUCCUUUAAGAGUGAAUUAACAUGAAUUAUUGGCACCUGUCGCCUUAGCUAGUGUUGCCCCCUUAUAUAGUACUCAGACUUACAGGUUUACUACGACUGAGAAUCUAUCACAAAUAAGAUCCAUGUAGCUGUGAUGGUAUGUGCAUUUAUUAUAAUUUUGUAUGUUUCUUUGGAAUUUGUGCAGCUAAGAUAUUACAAAGUGUCUAUGUUUAUAUGAUUUAGAACUAUGCACAGCUGAUGAAGCCCCUUGGGUGAAACAGGGGAAUAUCCAGAAUCCUUGUCUUGUCUACCAGUGCCAGUUUAUGUCUACCAACCUUAUCAUCUUCAUUAGACACUUGCAAGACUAUUUCAUGGUACUCUUAUAA